UUUUUGUCAUAAUUUAAGUUGAUCCGGUGAGCGUAGUAUUCUCUACAUUUAUUCAGAGCAUAUAGAAUUAUGCAGUAUCACGAUUCGCAACAGAAGUGCUUAAUGGAGGCUUUUCGCACUGAUUGCCAGACGCUAAUAACGCGCUUCGAAUUGUCUUAUAAUACUCAUUUUCAAAACUUCUGUGAGAUCUGGAAGGAAAUGCAGUUUGGUUUGGUUUUUGCUUAUCAUCCUUCGGAAGCAGCUUUAACGACAUUUUGUGAAGAUGUCCUUUGCAUAAUAAAGCAAUUUCUGGUAAAUGCAUCCAGUUUAAAGGAACGUAUAGGGGCUCUGUAUCUUACAUAUGGAGUUUACUAUAAAAUGCCAGUAAAACAACUAAAGAUCAGAAUGACUCUAUCAGAUUGGAGUUGUUUAAUGGAGUUGCACAGUCAAAUAAAACAGGAGGAAUAUCAUGACGCUAACUAUAUCUUAUGCAAAAUGAUUGUUGAUCGUGUAUUUAUUCAUUGCAUUAGUGACAGAGAGUAUGGUAUCGAGAGACAUUUCUAUCAGAAGCAAGAACAGCCCAAGCUGGAUGUUAAUUUGAUGCCAGGAAUUAAAGAACUAGCGGCACCAGAGAAGCUACUAUCGACUAUCAGCAAGCUAAGUAAGGUCUAUGAAGAAAAGAAGCGUGCUUUAUACGAUGCAGAAGGAGAUUCCAGCCUACAACUUUAUGAUGCUAGCAUAGCAGACAAUAUUGUUGAUGACAUUCGUACGAUACAAUCGGAAAGUAGAAUAUUUGUUAAAUCAUCCAAUAUGAAAAACACUAGUAGUAAGCCAUCAACAGCAUCAGCAGCAGUGGCCGAAACUGUUCAGAAAGGUCAAAAACGUAUCAGAGUUCGCAAAAAUCAGGUCUUGUCCAAGAUAGGCCGAGCAUUUGAAAAGGGACUACAAUCCGAAGAAGAAUCAGAAACAGAGCGAGAAGAUAUGUGAAGAAUACUCACACAGCGUUGUUUUAAAUAAAAACUGCAAAAAAUUAUAACUCAAGAAUUGGUUCAAAUAUCAAUUUAAGUGUAAAUAAGGUGAAAGAGAUUUAAAAAUUAUAGACUUUUGUUUAUAGUCCAUGGUUCAACUGAGUAAAAUUUACACUAUGUAAUCGAAAAGGAUGAAAUUCUGUUAGGAACUGUGAUCUUAAUAAGCUUAAAGGUGACUCUACACGGUCAAUAAUACUGUCAGUACUAACAAAUACUGACAAUAUUAUUGACCGUGUAUGGUUGAUUUUGAUGGAUUGACAUAGAAUGUGACGGUGAUCUGGAUUUUAAUUUUCGAGCAUUAAUAUCGCUUUAUUAAGAUCCAUGUCACAGUAUAUGUCACAGUGUAAU